AUGUUCUUUGCUUCUCAGCAGCAACAACAGCAUCCUCAAUCUUUAUCCCAGCCUCAGUCGCAAUCACACUCGCCGGCCUCUUUGACCGAUGCAGUUGUUUAUACUCCUUCCUCUGAGUUGCUGAACCUUCCGCGCCCCCGCAGCUCUGUUUCACCCGCUAGCUAUAAUUCCAGUUCCAUAGAAGAAGGGCACGAUUAUUCUGCUCAGGUUGCGAAAGGCCAAGGAAAGGCUCAAGAAUUUGCUAAUCAGUCAGCCCUGUCCCCAUCAAGCACUUCUAAUCUGCUAGUGCACCAGAGCCCAGCAGGCCGCACUCCUUCGCAGCAACCUCAGCCAUUUCAGUUUCAGUUUCAACCUCCGGCCCACCCACAACCACAAGUGCAACCCGUCUAUAAACGAGGUCGUGUGGCCUCCAAGGUCUCUUCAGGUCGUGUACCCAAGCGGCCCCGCCCUUCAGGUGGUCCUCGGAGAGCUGCCACUGCAGGUGGAAGCGGCGGUAGGCUGGCAGGUACGGGAGGAGCCGAUAGUUAUAGUGAGAGCGAAGACGAUGAUAACGAAGGGUAUCAGAUUAUUGUGGAACCCCCUACGGCUAGGAAGUGAGUGGAGCUUUCAAGUCUACCUAUUUAUUUUAUGCCAUUAUCCGCAGUCACCUUAUUCUGCCAUUAAGGCUAGCGCAUUUAUUUUCUUUGCCGCGCUGGCAGCCCACAGCGCAGUCCAUGCCUUUCAUUGACGCCUUGGCUCAUUCGCACAAACAUCGGUCC